AUGACAAGAGGACACCUUGCAUAUGGAGCAUUACCAGAUCGACAGCAGCAGCAGCAGCAGCAUCACCACCACCAACAGCACCUGCAGCAGAACACGCAUCGACUCCGGCGCCCGCAAGCUGUCACCCCUUCUGCACUGCUACGUCUACCGACAGAUAUCUGGCUGCACAUCUUUGUCCACCUCGCAUCGCACGCAGCACCAACACUGGCAAAACUCGGCACGACGUGCAAGCACCUGCUCCAGUUGGUCGACCAACAUGGAUGGAAGCAAGUGCUUCACCUCGAGUACAGCAGCGUUUCCAUCAGUCGACUCGACCAGUACUACCAGGACUAUGCACAUCAUGCUCGCCCUUGUCGUAAGGCGAUUCGGUCGCAAUCGUGGUUCGCCUGUCGAUACGCUAGCUGGCUCGAAAAAUGCUGGUUCAACGUGAUGUUGAGACCAGGUUCGGUCUUGAUCCCGUCGGCCGAGCGCAGGAUCGCCAAUAAUCACGGUGCGCUUGGCAGAGGCGCACGCUCUCGAUCAGAUUUUGCUAUCCCUACACUUACCCUGGGAACGCGGUGGAUCGUCGUCGGUGUGAGGUCAGAACUCUUCAUCUAUCCCGCAAGACCAGCUGCGGGCAAGGAAGCCCAGCCCUUGGCUAAGAUCAGACUGCACAGUCAUGUUCAGAGCGAUGGACAGAGUACCAGUGCGGACAGUUCAACAUCGGACGAUCCAUGGCAAGACAUCACCGCACUCAAAGCACUCGACCCGGACGCCAGCGUAUUGGCAAUUGGAUAUGCGAACGGGUGCGUACAGGUUGUUGCACUCACGUCAAAAGAUGGCAAGCGUGACAUACACGCCGACGUGGUACACCAUUUCGCCUCGGCGCAACUGCCAGUACGACGACAAGAGGUGGCAGCCAUCUCGGUCCACCGCGGCUGCGGCGCUUCGAAAGCGGAUGCUUUCAAGGACUCAGAUUUCAUAGCAUCAAUCACCAAACGUGGGCACUUGCAGAUCCACACUCUUGCCUCUCCAUGCGAGCACGCUUCGGACCAGCGCACAGUCUCUAGCUGGCAGAUUGAUUCGCAAGGCGAUGCUGCUCCAACCGACGGCUCUCCUCCAGACUCUUGCGGCACCAAUACGCCAGCACGCUCCAACUUUCGCAGCGCAGCUUUCAACAACGCGCCUCUCGCACCGCCUCAAAAUGCAGCAGCGCCCACUGCGUCUUGUAGCACUCGUGCUUGGUCAGUUCUGCUCGGAAACUGCACCGUGCAGAAUACGAGCUUGACAUGGAUAGCUAUCGGGAUGACGGCCGAGCAUGCAGUGCACAUCUACCCGCUCUCGCAUCACGGCGGCCGUGUUUCGCUCGCACAGCCAUUCCACGUGGCGGGCACGGGACAGCGUACGUCGGUGUAUGCCAUGGCCACACCACCGGCCGAGUCGAGCCUGCCGGCAUUCCUGCUGUUCGUGGGGUUCUACAGCGGAGAGGUGCGCGUGUACGAUAUGCGCAAGCUGCUGGAUGCCGAGCAUGCCGAGGGUGACGGCUGGACGCGGACGGACGAGAUGCACGAAGCGCUGCCGUCCAACGAGCCAUGGCAUCGACGACGGCGAACAGUGAGGCGUCGAUUGGAUCCCAUCGCCAUUUUCAGGGAUGAUUACGACAUGACUGCGAUCUACGGACUCAGCUUUGGCGGGCCUCGUGCGACGUGGCUCGUAGUGGGCGGUGCUCAAUUCGCAAAGAUGAGGGUGUUUGACGUGGGCAUGUUGGCCAAUUACGAGGUGCCCUUGUUGGCGGCUCCGGGUGAGCAGCCGGCAGACACGAAUUGGACUGUGUUUGCGCUCACCAAAACCAAUACUCCCCUGUACCAUCUGGUUGCACAGGCGGACAGAGUCGUCGGCGUCACCGAUACCAGACUCUGGUGGCUCGAUUUCGGUUCGUCCAUCUUGGAUCACCAGCCAAGCGAGCAUUGUUCACCGGCACGUGCUAAGGCCGCGUUACACACAGUGGCGUACUUCCGACACUCCGGAGGCUGUCUCUCCACGACUCAGCCCGUGUAUCUCGCGAGUCCAUGA